CGGCGACCCCGGAGGGCGGACUCUCCUCACCCGCGUGUCUCCUCCUCCCUCCGCCUUUUUAAGGGACGCCCUGCAGGCAGAGCUGUCAGCCACCCCGGGCCCUCUGCACUUGGCCGCGGCUAGGCUUGUCUCCCCGCCCGCGUGACAGUCAGGGGCCGGAGCUGAGUUAGCAGCCGGUCCCCGGGAUCUGCACGUGGGGAGCCAAGCUGCGCUCCCGGCUCUGCUGGGUAGCCGGCGACAGUCCACGAUCGGGACGCUGCUGUUCGGGGCCCGACGGCCCGCGAGGAGAGCCGGGAAGGAGGCUAAGGGGGCCCGGGAGCUCCUAGCGCGAUGAGCGGGGCCAAGGGCGGCCGCUGCUUCACUCGCAGCCUCCGCGGUGGCCUCCCGCGCGCUCUGGUCCCCUCGCCCCCGAGCACCAUGCUGUCCCCCUGCCAGCGGAGCCCGCGGCGCAGCCCACGCCUCCUGCCCAGCCGCUGCUAACCCACGAGAGCGUGUUCUCGACCGCGGGGUUAGCCGGCCGCGCAGUGCCGGCGGGGAGGCGGAACCGUGGUCCCCGGAGCCCCGGCUCCGCCCUCCGACUCUCCAACGGCCACCGGGCGCGGGGCGGCGAUGGGGGCGCUGCUGGCGCUCUGUUUCCUCGUGGGCUUGCUGCGCUGGGGCCCGGCGGGCGCGCAGCAGCCUGGGGAGUACUGCCACGGUUGGGUGGACGCGCAGGGCAACUAUCACGAGGGUUUCCAGUGUCCCGAGGACUUCGACACGCAGGACGCCACCAUCUGCUGCGGCUCGUGCGCGCUGCGCUACUGCUGCGCUGCAGCCGACGCCAGGUUGGAGCAGGGCGGCUGUACCAACGACCGCGGAGAGCUGGAGCAUCCCGGCAUCACUGCGCAGCCUGUCUACGUCCCCUUCCUGAUCGUUGGCUCCAUUUUCAUCGCGUUCAUCAUCUUGGGCUCUUUAGUGGCUAUCUAUUGUUGCACCUGUUUGAGGCCCAAGGAGCCCUCCCAGCAACCAAUCCGCUUCUCACUCCGCAGCUAUCAGACAGAGACCUUACCCAUGAUCCUCACCUCCACCAGCCUCAGAGCGCCUUCCCGGCAGUCCAGCACGGCCACCAGCUCCAGCUCCACGGGAGGCUCUGUCCGAAGGUUCUCCUUUGCCCGGGCUGAGCCAGGCUGCCUGGUACCCUCGUCACCCCCGCCUUACACCACUGGCCAUGCCAUCCACCUAACCCAGCCAUCCGGUUUCCUGGUGUCACCCCAAUAUUUUGCCUACCCUCUCCAGCAGGAGCCCCCAUUGCCCGGGAAGAGCUGUCCAGAUUUCAGUUCCAGUUGACUCAGGGCGGCGGUGGCUGUGAAUAGGCCGCAUGGUGAAAUGGUAGCCAGGGGGAAUGUUGCUACCCUGGUCAAGCCACACUCACUUUUUGAGGAAAUUUGUGGUAACCCAUCACGAUCGUGGAAGAAAGGUCCAGAAAGACACAGCACUGUCUGGUCCUUGGUUACGGAGGUCUGACUUUGCAAACACCGUGAACGAUGCAGCUUACUCACCUUUUGUUAAAAUAUUCGGCAGUUUGACGUUAAGUUUGCAAGAGGAAGGAGAAUAUUUUACCGGACAGUUCAGCUGUCCUUUGUAGAAAAGUGCCCCGUGUUCCUUUUCCUGUGUUGGUUGAGUUAUCAUACAAAUGGAUACAUAAAUAAGGAAGGGCGUACGCUUAAUUGUAAUUAUAAAGGUUCACUUAAAAUCUAACUGUUAAGUAAACUUGAGGGGCCAGUGAACCACCUAUUUAUAAUUUUGGGAGUGACCUAACCAUAAGUAAUAUUAGUAUGCUGAGAACAUUUACUUCUUAAAUUAAUAACAAAUUUUGUUUAAAAUAUGAGAGCUGUCUUUUUCCAAAACACAAGGUUUCGGUAACCACAUGGGAAGACUGAAGUUUUAAAUAUUACUCAGACACUCGCCGCAGCACAGAUUCUGUGUCAAUCCACUUCCCCACCAUCCUGAGGGAAUAUUUAUUGCAUAUUUUUUGUUCAGCAAUAUUCGCGUUUAAAAUGAAAGUUGGACAAUUGGGUCUUAAAACAUUUAUUUGUAAAAAGAGUUAUAUAUAAAUGUGAAGAUUUGUAACUUAAUUUACUUACCACAUUGACAGUACUAAUUAUUUAGAGAUCACGCUGUAACUUUUUGUGGAAGUCAAAGGCCAUCUAUUAGUGGAACGAUCCAGGGAUCCACAUUCUAUGUGCCACUGUGUUUGACGUCUGGUGAACACACGUACGGGCCACACUAGAAAAAAAAAUAAAUGUCUCUGGUUUCCUGAACUCUA